AAGGUAGCCGUCAAGAUGGCCAACAUCACUCGGGAUGAGGAGUCAGUCUGCCGAGAGGUAAGCUUUCUCCUGAAGUUCAGCAGGCACAGGAACAUCGCCUCUUACUAUGGAGCUUAUUACCACCCUGCUCCAAACGAGGAGUCAUCGGAGUAUCUGGAGCUUGUCCUUGAGUACUGCAGCGGCGGCUCCCUGUACGACCUGAUCGACAGCACCGAAGGCCAAUCCCUGAAGGAGACCUGGAUUGGCUAUGUCUGCAGGGAGGUAUUGAAGACUCUCAACCACAUCCACCACCACCGGGCCGUUCACAGGGACAUCAAGAGCCCCAACGUGAUGCUCACCAAGAAGGGAAACAUCAAACUCAUCGAUUUCGGACUCUGCUGGGACCUGGACCCACAGACAGGAAAGUGCAACCAGGCUGAUGGGACUGCGCACUGGAUGGCGCCCGAGGCCUUUAGGAGGAGGGACAGGGAACCGGAAUUCGACACCAAAUGUGACAUCUGGUCCCUUGGAAUCACUGCCAUCGAAAUGGCCGAGGGAAAAACACCAUACGCCGAUCAGGAGCUAGUGUCGGACCUGAUCAUCAACAACGACUCUCCGAGGCUCAUAUCAAGGACCUGGUCUGAAACUUUUGUGUCCUUCUUGGAGUCUGCCUUGAGAAGGAUCCUUCCCGGAGAUGGAGUGCGGAAGAGCUGCUGCAGCACCCGUUCAUUACUGAACUGCCCCUGCGAAAAAGGAAUAGUGAGAAUCGAAAGGAACACUUUCGGGCUUUGCAGACCGCAAAGCCAAGGUGAGAGACACACAGAGUUGCAGUAUCAGCAUCGCACAGUGACAUGA